CGCUACUUCUUCCCCAUGAAAGAAGUAUCUGCCCAGGGGUGAAAUCCUUCAUCACCGGGGGGAAGAACAUGGCGGCUCCCAGGAACAAAGAAAGAGAAGAGAAGAGGGCUUAGAGACCAGAAGGAAGAGCAAGAAAAAACCAGAUCAAAAGGAGGAAAAAAAGAGGAAAACCAUACCUGGAGGAAGAGAGAGGGAGUCCAGAGGUUGGAGCAGCUUUCAAGGAUGAUAGACCUCAAUGCGUUGCUUCCCGAUCUCAAUGAGUUGCCUAAUGAUGAUGUUGAGUUUGUACAACCAGGGAUUUUCACACAACCAAAUCAAGAUCAUGGUUUGAUGGAUGAUGUUGAUGUCAACAUGCAAUCAGAAAGCUAUACACUUGAGGAAAAAACACCAUAGUGGCAGGACCUACAGAAACAGAAUUAAGGGCAGGGGUAGUUGGUGGUGAUCGAAAUGCUAUGGAGGAAGAUGAGGCUGGUUCUCAGCCAAUGGAGCCGUUUGUUGGGACGAGAUUUGAUACUCUGCAGGGUGGUAAGGGUAUUACAAUGAUUAUGCCCUAAAGAUGGGUUUCUCUGUUAAGAUGAACACUUCAAAGAGGAAUGCUUAUACCAACAUAUUGGAGAAACAACAAUUUGCAUGUAACAAGUUUAGGAAACCAAAAGAGGAUAAUGUAGCAGCUGAGUUGCCACCUGUGCUAGAUCCUAUACCAGACCCCAAACCUUUGGGUGAAGAAGAUGAAAUGGAAGAAGUGCCAAUAUUCGAUGGAGAGGAGAGUGGAAAAAAGAAUAAUAAGAAGAAGCGCAAGAGAGAAAGGAUAAAGCAAACACAAUGUAAGGCAAAAAUGCUGGUUAAAUUGAAGGAUGGGCGGUGGGAAAUAACCCACUUUGUCCGUGAUCAUGAUCAUCCAUUGGUCGCCAAGCCUUCGCUGUCCAAAUACUUGCAAUCUCACAUGGGUAUACCGUGGGAGGAAAAGAGGUUCCUAGAGAUACUCUACAACUGCAAUCUGACUUCAGGCUGUAUGAUGCAUAUCAUGUCAGAAUUUUAUGGCUCGGAGCUAAAUGUACUGUAUGGACCUAAAGCAAUAACAAACCUAUGUGCUGGCUUCUCCAAGGACUCAAUGAAAGAGGGGGACAUUAUUGAGACAAUUGAACAUUUUAAAGACUUGCAAAAAGAUGAUCUAGAUUUUUUCUAUAAGACAAAAUAUGAUCUCGAAGGGAGGGCAGAAAACAUUUUUUGGGUGGAUGGCUUGGCACAGAAAGCUUAUAUGGAGGUAUAUCAUGAUUGUGUCUCCUUUGACACAACUUACAUGACCAAUAUGUACAACAUGCCUUUUGCUCCGUUCAUUGGGAUCAACUGUCAUGGGCAAUCUUUCAUGUUGGGCUGCGCGUUUGUGAGGCAGGAAAUGGAGACUAGCUUUGAUUGGGUUUUUGGAGCUUUCCUAGAGGCUAUGAAUGGAAGGGCACCGGAUAACAUCAUUACUGAUCAGGAUGUGGCAAUGAAAGAGUCCAUAAAGAACAUAUUUCCCAAAAGCAUGCACCGAUGUUGUCGGUGGUACAUCAUGAAAAAAGCUCAAGAGAAAGUUGGAUGGUUGCUAGGUCAAAACCUGGGAUUGUCUGAAGAUUUCAACCUUUGCGUUGAUUUCAGUUUCACACCAGAUGAGUUUGAACAGAAUUGGGUUGUGUUGAUGAUGAAAUAUGAGACAAUUACACACACCCAUUUUGAGAAUCUGUACAAAUAUAGGAACACUUGGGUGCCAUGUUACUUCAAGAAUAGAUUUUUCCAUUCUUGCAGUCUACACAAUGAAGUGAGAGGUUCAAUGCAGUCUUCAAGCGGUAUGUCAACUGCUACCUGUUGA